CUGUCAGACUUUGGCCACCCUAAAAGUGCAGGUUUUGUUAGCAAACUAACUCGAAGUGUACAACCCGCGCAGACUUUAUUUAAAGUUGUGCAUUCAUCCGCUAAUCGAUCUUUGAACGUGUGAGCCGGCGAUUGAAGCACUGAGAUUGCACGAAGACGAACCAUUUAGUUUUAAUCGCUGCUAGUUUUUGCAGAAGCCAGCGAUCCUGAGCGGGUGUAAGGCUAGAUGCAGGGAGGGAGGGAGUAAAAAAAGGCAAAAGUCUUUGUGCUUCCCUUCCCCCUCAUCAAAGCAAAGGGGAAAUGUCUCUGUCUAAAGGAGGGAAGAAGAAAAACCCUGGGCUGAAGCUGGCCAAAGAAGUAUUUGCACAGCCCCCACCAGCAGCAGCAGCGCCCCCUCGAGACCUCGACUCGAAAGCUUGUGUCACAAUUGGAGAUCAGAACUUCGUGGUGAAGGCCGAUGACUUGGAGCAGAUUGCAGAGCUGGGGAGGGGAGCGUACGGGGUGGUGGACAAGAUGAAACAUGUGCCCAGCGGUGUUAUCAUGGCUGUCAAGAGGAUUCGUGCCACGGUCAACACUCUGGAGCAGAAGAGGCUCCUGAUGGAUCUGGACAUAUCCAUGAGGACAGUGGACUGCUUCUUCACUGUGACCUUCUAUGGCGCCCUCUUCAGAGAGGGGGAUGUUUGGAUCUGUAUGGAGCUGAUGGACACGUCUCUGGAUAAGUUCUAUAAGAAGGUUAUUGAGAAAGGCAAAACCAUCCCCGAGGACAUCUUGGGCAAGAUCACAGUAGCAAUUGUCAAGGCAUUAGAGCAUCUGCACAGUAACCUGUCAGUGAUACACAGAGAUGUGAAGCCCUCCAACGUUCUGAUCAACACUCAGGGCCAAGUGAAAAUGUGUGACUUUGGCAUCAGUGGCCAUCUGGUGGACUCUGUGGCCAAAACAAUGGAUGCAGGCUGCAAGCCCUACAUGGCGCCGGAGCGGAUCAACCCUGACCUCAACCAGAAAGGCUACAGCGUCAAGUCAGACAUAUGGAGUCUCGGCAUCACGAUGAUCGAGCUGGCCAUUUUGAAAUUCCCCUACGACUCAUGGGGGACCCCGUUCCAGCAGCUCAAACAGGUGGUGGACGAGCCGUCUCCACAGCUGCCCGCUGACCGUUUCUCCCCAGAGUUUGUAGACUUCAUCUCCCAGUGCUUAAGAAAGAAACCAAAUGAAAGACCAGCUUAUACAGAAUUAAUGCAACAUCCGUUUUUCACUCUGCAUGACUCCAAAGAGACAGACGUGGCCAGUUUUGUCAAGGUCAUCCUGGAUGACUGACGGGCUCCCUGCGGGCUCCACCCCAUCAGGGUAGGCGGGGACCUCUCAGCGAAAUGAACCAAUGGCCUACCUUUAAAAAAAAAAAAAAAAAAAAAAACUCACUGGAAUGACAGACUCAUGC